AUGAAUUGUCUUCUGCUUGUGACGUGUUUUUCCGCCAUUUUUGUCGCCUCUCUGGCGCUGGUGUCCAACUGGAACCAAGAGAUGCGUGACUACGUCCUUGAACUUCACAACGACAAGAGGAGGAAGGAAGGAGGUUGCCAGAUAAACAAGCUCAUCUACGACAUGGAUCUGGAGAACCAGGCGAGACGAUGGGCCGAGGGCUGCGUCUACGAUCACGAGUCUCUGCCUGGGAGGGGAGAGAACUUGGCCUGGGCCUCUAUGGAGCAGCCUGAGAAGGAAUUGAUCCAGGACGGGUUCAAAGGGUGGUUCGACGAGAAGAAUAUGUACAGUUACGGCCAGGACUCGUGUUUUAUGUCCUGUCAUUACACACAGAUUGUGUGGGACAAGACCCAGAAGGUCGGCUGCUGGUCAACCAGAUGUCCCUACCUGACAAACGCCUACCCAAACGCCUGGUGGUUGGUCUGCUUCUACACCCCCAAGGGCAACUGGAACAGGCAAAGACCUUACCAGAAGUCCUGCAAGUCUCCCUGCAGAAAAGGUCAGACCGAAGAGAACGGUCUCUGUCUGGGUGACAUGCCAGAGGAGAGCGAGGAGAGAGAGUGCAAGGACGAGAACCCAAGUUGCCAGGAGUGGGCCAACAGGAACCAGUGUGUGUCCAACCCUGGCUACAUGAAGGAACGUUGCCGACUUGCCUGCAAGGUUUGCAAGCCGUAA